AUGGCAGCAGACAAAGUAUCCAAACCAUUUAACAAAGCAAGCAAGAAUCCAAUACAAAUGCUCUCACAAGUGACAACACUGGAAUUUGUUACCAAACUUCAAAUUGGAAGGACGGACCACUUGGGCUUCUCCAGUCUCUUAAGCAAAAUGAAUGCCCCCACUCUUGAUAGCGACAAGGCCCUUGCGGGAUGUUGGUAUGGGACUACACUAGGAAACCCACAUCCUGUCUUAUACAAAAUGGACCCUUCAUUAGUAUUAUCUGGAAUAGUAUUAUCUGGAAUUCACUCGGCAACUUUUGUUCCACUGCAGGGAUGCUUAUCCCUUGUAUUUGCCAUUCCAAAAUGUGAAGACAAUUCGGAACAUUCCCACGGUCUUGAAGCAUUCCAGGAAUGGAAAGAAACAUUGUCUUUGAGUUCAAAGAUGGUACUGAUUCACAUGCUACUAGUGUUUGAGAAUGUGGCCAAACGGGAAUUGAGCACUCCUGAUGUUGACCUUCCACACUUUUGUUGCACUCCAGGUGAAGCAUACACCUUUCCAUGUCAACAAUGGAAAUAGGAAGAAGACUCCAAUGAUGAUGAUGAUGAAGACUCGGAUGAAGACGAUGACGAUGAUGGCAAUGACAAUGAAGUAAAGGCCAAGGACAAGCACUCUUUCAAUAAAUCCUUGUUGGAAGAAGAUGGGGAUGAUGUAUUCAAUGAAGAAGAAGGUAGCUGCCCAUUAACUAAAGUGACAACGGUUGUGUCCAAAACCGUUGAUCAAUACAAGGAGGAAUGGACUGAUAAGACCAUGAUUCUAUACGCUCUAUUUCAACAUGUAAUGAAAAAAACAUUUUGUCAUGUUCGGUUGCUUUUCUCUUAUGAUGAGCAAGCUCCACAGUAG